GCAAUAGAAACCCUAACUAAGACACCCAGUAUGUGGCAAUGUUCACAAAUCCCUCAAAACUUGGCCUGCAUGGCACGUCAGCUGUCUGGCUACUUCAUAACAGGCCUCCACGGAGUUGCCUGUCCUUCUCUCUGUGCCCAGCCUGGCAUGACCACUACACACAGUACAUGAGGAGGAGCUCUUUCCACUUGAAGAUGCAGCUCCCCUGGACAGCAUCUGGGAAGGAGAGAGCCUUGGGGCUGCCCUGCCUGGCCUGCUCUACUUCCUGUUCUACAUUCUCGGGCUGAAUGAUAAACACAGCAAGUUGGCUCACAGCAGAGGGCAAAGGGCAGCCUGGGCUCCUAUGUAAGGGACAGGGUGCCCAGACUACAGUCAGAGUCUUACUGAUUCCAGGUGGCUUCAGUAAGGACCCCAAGGCUUUCCCAAAGAAGCCAGAAACUCAGUGAGGCCACCAUGGAGCUGCUGGCUGGGAAUGGACUGUGGUCUGUGGCCAUAUUCACAGCCAUCUUCCUGUUCCUGGUGGAUCUGAUGCACCGGCGCCAGCGCUGGACUGCCCGCUACCCACCAGGCCCUACGCCAAUGCCAGUGCUUGGCAACCUGCUGCAGGUGGACUUCCAGAACAUGCCAUACAGCUUGUACAAGUUUCGACAACGUUAUGGUGACGUGUUCAGCCUGCAGAUGGCCUGGAAGCCCAUGGUCGUGAUCAAUGGACUGAAGGCGGUUCGGGAAGUGCUGGUGAACUGUGGAGAGGACACCUCUGACCGCCCUCCAGUGCCCUUCUUUCAACACAUGGGUUUGAAACCCAAAUCCCAAGGUGUGGUCCUUGCACCUUAUGGGCCCGAGUGGCGAGAGCAGCGAAGAUUCUCCGUGUCCACCCUGCGCAACUUUGGCCUGGGCAAGAAAUCCCUGGAGCAGUGGGUGACAGAUGAGGCUGGCCACCUCUGUGACACCUUUGCCGACCAGGCUGGGCGGCCCUUCAAUCCCAGAACCAUGCUGGACAAAGCUACGUGCAAUGUGAUCUCGUCUCUCAUUUUUGCCCGUCGCUUUGAGUAUGAAGACCCUUACCUCAUCAGGAUGCUGAAACUGCUGGAAGAAGCUUUGACAGACGUCUCUGGCUUCUUUCCUGAGGUUCUUAACACAUUUCCAGUGCUCCUACGCAUACCAUGGCUGGCUGACAAGGCCUUAAAAAGUAAUAGGAACUUCAUGACCAUGGUGGAUAACCUGUUGACUGAGCACAGGAGGACUUGGGACCCCGCCCAGCCACCCCGAGACCUGACCGAUGCCUUCCUGGCAGAGGUGGAGAAGGCCAAGGGGAACCCUGAGAGCUCCUUCAAUGAUGAGAACCUGCGCAUGGUGGUGGCUGACCUGUUCACUGCAGGGAUGGUGACUACCUCGACCACACUGUACUGGGCCCUGCUGUUCAUGAUCCUGUACCCAGAUGUGCAGAGCCGCGUGCAACAGGAGAUCGAUGAAGUCAUAGGACAGGCCAGGAGCCCAGAGAUGGCAGACCAGGCCCGCAUGCCCUUCACCAAUGCUGUCAUUCAUGAGGUGCAGCGCUUUGGGGACAUCGCCCCGUUGAAUUUGCCACGCAUCACAUCCCGUGACAUUGAAGUCCAGGGCUUCCUCAUCCCCAAGGGAACGACCCUCAUCACCAACCUGUCCUCCGUGCUGAAGGAUGAGACUGUCUGGGAGAAGCCACUCCAGUUCCAUCCUGAACACUUCCUGGAUGCCCAGGGCCGCUUUGUGAAGCAUGAGGCCUUCAUGCCAUUCUCAGCAGGCCGCAGAGUAUGCCUGGGGGAGCCUCUGGCCCGCAUGGAGCUCUUCCUCUUCUUCACCUGCCUCCUGCAGCGCUUUAGCUUCUCGGUGCCUGAUGGACAGCCCCGGCCCAGCGACCAUGGGGUCUUUGGGGUGCCAGUUGCUCCCUCCCCCUACCAGCUCUGUGCUGUGAUUAGUGCCAGCAGGCACACGAAUUCUAGUCCUGCUCUGUAAGUAAGGCUGAUCCAUGCGCAAUAAACCAGUCUUGUGCCUGUCACUGUCUCCUACUCCAA